AUGUCAUCAAGUAACAAAAAGAACGACCCCUCUUCGGGAUACACUCCAUUACAUCGGGAAGGAUGCCUUGCUUUUGUUGAUCUCUUUCUCAACUUCUUAACCGAUUUGGAAAAAGAAGGUAGAUUCCAACAUCGGGAUUUAUUAAUCUCUAAAUUUCUCUCACGAUUGAAUGUGGUUGAAACUCGGAAUUUGAUGGAUGCGUAUGGUAUGGUCAAUCCAGCCAUUGGUACACUCAUACUUAAUCAUAAACGAAAAUUUGAAGCAGAACAGCCUUCGUUGGCUACUCAACGGGAAGAUGCAGAACAAUUACGAAAAUUCAUUGCCUCACAACCUGUGAAAACGGCACAACAACCUGUGAGGAAAGGAGCAGAUCAGGAAGAAGAGAUCUCUGAUGAUGAAGUUUUGGAAAUUGUGGACGAGGGAAUUGAUUCUCCUCAAACAGCAAAGAAAAGGAAACAAUGA